UUUAGACACAUUUGAUUCCAUUACUCCCUGUACGUAAUUUAUAUUAUUUGAGCUCAUUGGCUACCCAUGUGAAUCAGUCAUGUAAAGGCUGCUUGUGCGAACGUUGUAUAACAACUGUAUAAUAUUAGGUUAACUAUACGUUAACAAAGGAUGCCAGCAGGUGUAUCCUGGCCCAGAUAUCUAAGGAUGUUGGGUGCUAGCGUCCUGUCAAUGUUUGCUGGAGCACAGGUUGUUCAUCAGUAUUACCGUCCUGAUUUGACCAUACCAAACGUCCCACCAAAACCUGGAGAACUGAGAACAGAACUUCUUGGCUUGAAAGCAAGACAGACAAACUCAGAAGAAUAAUGACCCAUUGAUUUGUUACUGUACAUAUGUACAUAAUGUUGUAAAGACUCCCAAAACAUGAGUAAAAUUAGACAAAAAUCUUAUUUUAUUCUGUAAAUAAAUUUGUACUGAACUUUCAUGUCAUCGUCUUUGUCACAUUAAAUGCUUCAUUAUUUGUGA